AUACAAUCGUGUGGCAGGCUUAUUUAUCGUGCGGUGUUUUUUGUGAUUUUUCAGAGUUCUUUUCUAUUUUCCUGUUGUCUGGUGACGGAUGGGGGUACACGCCAUGUUAUACUCGUACAACGCACUGUCGCCUUAUUAUGCCCAAUACUGGACCAACGGAAAAGACGUCAACCCCAACCUAUCAGUAUCAUCCCGAGGCUCGUAUUACUACCCCGAAAUGACAUUAGGCAAAGCAAACUAUGUGCCAGCUCAAAAUCUGGAAUUGAAGUACUACAAGCAAUAUUCCCGCGAGGAUUCAAACUGCGCCAUCCAAGCAGUAGUCAGUAGAAACAUGUCGGUCUCAGAAGCUUCCAAGAAAUACAACGUGCCUUAUUCGACCCUCUCCUAUAAUAUUAAAAAGUUAAGCAUUGAGACGUUUUCCAAAUGUUCGUGUAAGAAGUGCGCCAAUUGAAGAUUUAACCUGCAAAUUGCUGAAAUAGUUUGAACCAAUGCAUAUUAUAUUCUAAAUAGUUUUUGUUUAAUUACUACAGACUACUAAGUGGCUCACAUCUAAAUACAGACCGUAUUCAACAAAUAAAGUCGGUUUAUUAUUAUAUCUGUCUGGCUCCCGGACUAUAACCUAACAAA